AUGGCCGAGAAUCCAAAAGAUUCAGACGUCUCCCUUGCGCCAGUAUUCGAUCGCUAUAAGCUCCCCAGGGGCACGGCCGACAAUUGCGAGGCAUUUGUCAGGUUGAGGUUCUCGAAACCAGUUCAGCCAGCGCCGUCUCAAGGUUACUGUUCGUACACAGUCUAUGUUGACGGCGAGGGCACCGUUGUCCAGUUUAGACCAGGAGCCCACAAACUCGAUCUAGAAAUCUCAGAUGCCGCUUGUGACGUCUUCGGAUCAUUAGCUCCUGAAACGGAGUCUCUCGGAACAUUAGAGGGCACGGGUCUCUACGCCUUUUCUAUGAAGAAGAUGCCAGGCGUGUCACUUGCAAAUCUUCGCGCCGAGACCGAUUUAUUACAAGCAAAGCCACGGCAAGAGUUAAUAAUACGAGACUUUGCCCACCUGCAGGCGAUGAGCUGGACUCAUGCGGCGAGGAACAAGGCUACUUGGGAGAAAAGAACAGUAGGCUCGUCGCUUCGCUGGCGGUUGGAGCUCAUGGCAAAUGGGUUACCUUCCCGGUUCCGCAACACCGUAAAAUCCAUCCUUGUUGAUCUCUCUGAAAUCGAAGCUCUACCCUGGACGUUGAGCCACGGCGAUUUCCUCCCUUCCAACAUAAUGGUAUACCCAGAUUCAGGGAGGAUUUCUGGCUUGGUCGACUGGACCGAGGCCGAAUUCCUCCCGUUCGGGAUUGGGAUGUACGGUCUACAGGAACUCCUCGGGGAGGAUAGAAACGGUCACUACACCUACUAUCCCGAAGCGCAAUAUCUCCGAGACCUGUUUUGGGACGAGCUCCUAUCCAGCCUCCCAGAAUUAGCCAUGAAUCCCAAACGCAUUGCCCUCGUCCGAAAAGCUCAGACCUUAGGCGUAUUACUAUGGCACGGCAUAGCGUUCGACGAUGGCAAAUUGAACCGUGCCGUUGAAGAGGGGAAGGACGACGUGGAGAUCGAAAGACUGGAUGCUUUUCUGUUGUCUUCCCCGAGGUCAGGGACCCGAAGAUUGCACACUCUCGACCUGUCUUCUGCGUCAAUUCUCUCACUCAUACGUCCACGCCUAUCCACAAGGGCACAGUGA